AUGCUCUUCCUAGCCACUUUGCUAACGGCAGUACCAUUUUCGAGAGCUGCAAGCUGUGGUGGUUCCGCAAUACCGUUCAGAUUCGAGGUUAUCAUUAGAGCUAUUAUGGUGUUACCGUCCGGCAACCCUGUAUUAGGUUGCGCUACACCUUCGUGCUUCGGCGGCGGCACAGGUGGUGUAGGUGGUCUCAACGAUGCCCUUUUCCAGCCGAAUGCUGAUGGUGAAGAUGGUUUCAUCCGUGAGGGGGAUCAGCAGCGAAGCCGUACCCGACUGUCUUCAGCUCCAGCUCAACAGGCUCAAUGUCCUGUUGGUUUCGAUUCAAACUCAUGCUCAUCUGAUGACAGGUCAUGGGUUGGCGGAUUUCUCGCAAGUCCUGAUGGAAGUCUACGUCUCCAGUGUUGCACUUAUGAAGGCAUGCGUUUCGCCGAAGAAGUUGGUAGACCAAUUGUGCACAGUGGCGAGGUUUACAGUGGUGGAGAGGUACUUCGUGAUGGUCGACAGACAGGAUUCGAUCUCAUCUCCAAUGUGAAGAAAAUCGACGCCGAGGAUGGCUCAACUGCCUACGAACUAACGGUCAUGCGCCUGAACUGCCUCCCGGAUCCAGCUGAACCAGUUAAUGACGUUGCCAUGGAUCCCAGCGAUAUUUCGCGUAUACUCGACAAAGUUGGAGACGUGAGAGCUCAGCAACCUGCUGGUGACGCGCAACAGCCACCACUUUCUGAUUCUUAUGAAGUACCGGUGAAUGAGCAGCCAGCGAACGGUGAAGAGAUCGUACAGGUUGGAGAGCAAGUGGUGCCGGUAACUUCGGCUGGAUUCUAUUAUCCUGUUGCAUCUGGAGUACCGGCCUGUUUCACCGGUGAUACAAUGGUCGAAACGCCUUCUGGUACAAAACGAAUGGAUGAGUUAAAGAUCGGAGAGCUGGUGCUUACUGCUGAACUCAAUUCGACUGUGUUCACCCCUGUUACCUCGUUCCUUCAUCGUCUUCCCGAUACCGUAGCGUCAUUCAUUAAACUUCAAACCGACCAGGAAGAAAUCAAGCUCACACCACAACAUUUCAUUUUCAAGGUCGACUGCGACAACAUUGAUUACAAUGUCGACAUGAAAUUUGCUGAAGAGUUGAAGGCGGGUGACUGCCUCUACCACACUCACAACAACGUGCAUAUCGCCAUGAAUCUUAGCUGCAAUUUGCGGGUUGGAAAAGUUGGCAGAUUUGUGACUAUACAUGUCGUAUUCUACUGUUCAGCUCUUCGCAAAGUGGUUAUUCGAUCAGUGACGGCGGUCCGUGAGAGGGGAGUGUACGCACCGAUGACCAGUUCCGGCGACCUUCUGGCGAACAACAUCUAUGUCUCCUGUCACAGUGUCGUCAAAACCAGCACUCUGUCUCAGACGUUCCUCGAUUUCGCUGCUCAUGUGCAAAGAAAAAUGCGUUCGUUUUUUGGCAUCGCCGAAGACGGUCAUCUUCCCACCACGACCGAAUUCUUUCUAAACAUCAUCGACCAUGUCAUUCCCAUGAAUUCCAAGCUGGAAUUAUAG